UCGGGAUCUUAAGAUGUCCCCAGAUUCACGUAACUGUUUGAUUGAUCUUAUUAAUUUUCUUGGCGACUGAAUUUAUUGUUCACUGCAAAGGAUUCAUGGGGAAGAUGAACGAGACUUCUGCUUCUGCCAUGGAGAUUGACGAUGAAAAAUUGCAAGUUUCUGAUCAGAUCAAUCCUAAGUUCUCUAUAAAUGUGCUGCAGCUAUUAAAAUUUGCUCAGAUGCAGCACGGAUUGCGACAUGGGGAUUAUACUCGUUAUCGGAGGUACUGCACUGCACGACUAAGGAGGUUAUACAAAUCGUUGAAGUUCACUCAUGGCCGUACUAAAUACAUUAGGAGGGCGAUAACUGAAUCUACGGUGACGGAAGUGAGGUUUCUUCAUCUAGUACUUUAUACGACAGAAAGAGCUUGGAGCCAUGCCAUGGAGAAAAGACAAUUGCCAGAUGGUCCAAAUGCACGCCAACGGAUCUACUUGAUUGGUAGGUUGAGGAAGGCUGUAAAAUGGGCAAUACUUUUUGCCCAAUUGUGUGCCAUCAAGGGAGAUUCUAGAACCUCCCUAGAAGCAGAGGCAUAUGCCAAUUAUAUGAAGGGGACUUUGCUGUUUGAACAAGAUCAGAAUUGGGACACUGCGUUGAAUCAUUUCAGGAACGCCAGGGCUGUUUAUGAGGAACUUGGGAAAUAUGGUGACUUAGACAAUCAAGUUUUGUGCCGUGAGCGUGUUGAAGAGUUAGAACCAAGUAUUCGGUACUGUCUACACAAAGUUGGUGAAUCAAAGAUACAGACUUCUGAGCUUUUAGACAUUAGCAAAAUUGAAGGACCUGGAUUGGAUCUUUUCAGAGCUAAAUUGGAGGCCGUUAUGGCUGAGGCAAGGUCUCAACAGGCGGCAGCCAUGACAGAGUUUUGUUGGCUUGGUCAUAGAUUUCCAAUCUCCAAUGCUAAGACUUGGGUCUCCAUAGUGAAAGCUCAGGAGCUGGAGAAGGAUCGUGGUUCAGCAGCUGACUCAUUGCCUGCAGAGAAAAAGCUUGGCAUUUUUGACAAGAUCUUUGCUGCAUAUCAUGAGGCAAGGAGCUGCAUCCGGAAGGAUUUGGACUCUGCAGGGAAUGCAGAAACUAUGAAGGACAACCUGAAUGGACUUGAUAAGGCUGUUAGUUCCAUCGUAGUGCAGCGCACAAUAGAGAGAAACCAGUUACUCGUUAGUAUUGCCAAAAGUAAGUUUAAGAAACACCGUGAUGACAAAGCUGAGAAAAGCACGAAGCCGGAGGAGCUUGUUCGUUUGUAUGAUCUUUUAAUACAGAAUACAACUGAUCUAUCUGAUUUAGUUAGUUCUGGAAGAGAUAGAAAACCUGAAGAAGUGGCUUUUCCUGAAGAGUAUGAACUUAAGGGCUUGGCUUUUCGGGCGGAAAGGUGCUUCUACUUGGCUAAAUCUUACAGUUUGGCCGGAAAGAGGGCAGAAGCAUAUGCAUUGUACUGCCAUGCUCGCACUCUAGCUGAUAAUGUCCUUCAGAAACUUCAGUCCGUUGCUGACCCUGACAUGGUGCUGAUCCAGGAGAUGAAGUUGUUAGAGAGCAACUGCAGGUCAAACAGUUGCAUUGAACAUGCUGCAGCCAUUAUGGAAGAGAAGAUGGCUCCAGAAAAGCUCUCUAAAGGAAUCUCUACCAUAUCAUUGAAUGGAGCAGAAAAGAAGGUGGAAAAAUUCCUUCUCGAUAAACUUGAUCUUUAUGAGUCUGCUGUUGGCAACCCUAGCAUGAAAGAAGUUCCGCGGAUUGAAGCCUUCCCUCCACCCUUUCAGCCAGCUCCUCGCAAUCCCAUUGUUUUGGACAUAGCAUUUAAUUUGAUCGAGUUUCCAUCCCUUGAGAACAGGAUGAAGAAAGACAAGAAAGGAUUUAUCAGUAGACUUUGGCGGUGACAACCUUAUACUUGGUUAUGUAUUGAUGGGUAUCUAUUCCGAGUCAUAAAAUCUUAGAAGUCUCUUUUGACUGUCCUUAAUCAAAAGAGUGAGUUUUAGCAAUCAUAAAUUUUCAGAAAUUGUGAAUGUGGUGCUU